GGCGGUCUUCGUCUUCCAUUCUGAGAGAAAACGCCCCCUUGCUGUCAAUCAUGCUUGCCCUUUAAUUCCUCCUCACUCUUUCUUCUGCUGGGAGCCGAUUUCCCGUCAUCGGCCGACAUUUCCCCCUCCCCUUUCGCGGGAGUCUUCGACGGAACCCUAGUUAAUUGGAAAACGAUAUCUGCCAGCCGGGGCAUCCCGUUGGAGAGUGGUAACUCCCGCAGAGAGUGGCAAUCAGCGGAAUUACUUAGGUGUAUGCUCUCUAGGCCAUCCAUUGUACAAGAAGGGAUUGCUUCUUUUCUUUAGCUCAUUCUUAUGGCCGGCCAGUGCUCUUCUCGGACACUCACAUGUUUAUUAGGAGUUCUGAGAGCUUCUUGCUGGAGCCAUUUCGUUUUUGUUUUUGCCGUUGGAGGUGGUCCGGAAGGCAUUAUCCAUUGAAGAUUUAUUUUGUUUUUCAUCACCCUUCAAGCUUAACAUUGUGUCAUCAUGAAGAAACAAGCUGCAGCAAUUCCUAGUUAUGGGAAGACCACAGGUCCUGUAACACGAGCUAAAGCUGGCACAUUAGCUUCUCAUGGCAGGAUAGCGCUGGCCAGACCACCGCUAAAAUCAGAUAAAAAGGAAAGAUUGAUUGGAAGAAGAAAGAGGGUGGAAUCAGAUGAGAACAGUUGUGCUAUGCCUUGUGUUUCAGUUUCACAGAACAACAAAAGAGAAGUGCUUAAGGAUAUCUCAGAUUUAUGCUGUGGGAAUUCUCGCAGAAAUUGCUUAAAUGCGGCAAAAAUGCAGAUCAAGGCUUGCACACAGCAAGCCAUCUCAGGACAAUCUAAAGCUAGAACAAUGUCUAACUACAAAUGGCUAAAAAAUUCCCCUGACGCUUCUGCCAGUAGCAUGCUAUCUCUUGAUGAUGUUAACAAUGGAAAAGAAGAACUGCAGAAUGUGAAGAUUUUUGAACGAAAAGAUAGCACCGGUUCAAUUUGCACGAAUGGCAGUCUGUUCCCCGAGACCUCAUUUCCUGCAGUAAUGGUGGAGGGAAAUAGAUUAGGAGAAAGCCGCAAGAAAGAUAACGUUAAAGGCACUCUUUCUGAUGAUCCAGACAGCUUAAGUUGCUCGGGAGUUCAAAAUAUUGAUUCUGACAAUUCAAACCCUCAAAUGUGCAGCCUCUAUGCCAAUGCUAUUCAUUAUAAUCUUCGUACCGCUGAGCUUAUCCAGAGACCUUCAUCAAAUUUCUUGGAAACUGUGCAGCGAGAUAUCACUCAGAGAAUGAGAGGCAUCUUAAUUGACUGGCUGGUUGAGGUUGCUGAGGAAUAUAGGCUUGUUCCUGAUACACUUUAUCUGACUGUUUAUCUCAUUGAUUGCUUUCUUUCUCAAAACUAUAUUGAAAGGCAAAGGUUGCAGCUUCUUGGUGUAACAUGCAUGUUGAUUUCAUCAAAAUAUGAAGAAAUUUGUGCUCCUCGUGUUGAAGAAUUUUGCUUUAUCACAGAUAACACUUACACCAAAGAAGAUGUUCUUGAAAUGGAGAUUCAAGUACUCGACUACUUGGGAUUUAGGCUGUCUUUUCCUACAAUAAAAACAUUUUUAAGGAGAUUCCUCAGAGCUGCGCAAUCAACUUGCAAGGUUCCUUCGAUUACUUUAGGAUAUUCAGCGAAUUACUUGGCGGAGUUGACGUUGGUCGAAUAUAGCUUCUUAAAGUUUCUUCCUUCAGUUAUAGCUGCAUCUGCUGUAUUUCUUGCUAGAUGGACAUUGGAUCAGUCUGAUCACCCAUGGAAUCGCACACUUGAGUACUACACCUCAUACAAAGCUUCAGAUCUUCAACCCGUCGUUCUGGCUAUGCAAGAUUUGCAGCAGAAUUGCUGCAGUUCCGUCCUCACUGCAAUACGUGAUAAGUACUUGCAAGAAAAGUAUGGAAGAGUGGCUGAUCGAGUAUCUCCCAAGUUACCAUCCUCCAUCUUCUGAUUCUUUCGUGUGGUUUGUGCCAUUGAAGAACUUAAGCUGCAGCAGAACUGAAGAUGCACAUCCCUUUAACCUUUUCUUCCUUUUUUGUUUUAAAAAAACAAAAUUUUCUGCAAUUUUUGUGAUUGCAGCCCCCACUGGAUAGAUAAAUAGGGGCUUCUAGUGCAGGUAAAUUCUCAACUCCCCCUCUCUCUAAAUCAGAACAAAAACUCAUCGGCUUGAUGAACUCAGAACAGAUUGUAACUAAACCAUUAUUUCACUAAUGUUUCAAAGCUUAGAAGGAAUGAAUACACGUGCUCUGUUAAAGAUCCUCCUG